AUGGAGCAACAGAACCUCACAAGUGUGACUGAAUUUAUCCUGAUGGGCAUCACUGACCGCCCUGAGCUGCAGGCACCAUUGUUUGCACUGUUUCUCAUCAUCUAUCUGAUCUCACUGAUGGGCAACUUGGGCAUGAUCAUCCUUACCACAGUGGAACCCAGGCUGAAAACACCCAUGUACUUCUUUCUCAAACACCUGGCUGUCAGUGAUCUUGGCUAUUCAACAGCUGUGGGACCCAAAAUGUUAGAACAUUUUGUUGUGAACCAGAAUGCAAUAUCCUAUUAUCUUUAUGUUGCACAGCUAGCAUUCUUUCUUUUGUUUAUUACUUGUGAACUUUUUAUUCUGUCUGCCAUGUCCUAUGACCGCUAUGUGGCUAUCUGUAACCCAUUGCUCUACAGUGCCAUCAUGUCGCAGAGGGCAUGUUGGGUACUAGUGGCUAUCCCAUAUCUAUAUGGUUUAUUUUUGUCUCUUAUAAUUACUUUUAACAUGUUCACAUUAACAUUCUGUGGCUACAAUGUAAUCAAUAAUUUUUUCUGUGACUGUAUCUCUUUGAUACCUUUGCUGUGUUCAAACACUCAUGAAAUUGAAUUGACAAUUUUAAUCUUUGCCAUUUGUGAUUUGAUUUCUUCUCUUCUGGUUGUUUUUGUGUCUUACCUGCUCAUUCUCAUAACCAUUCUGAGGAUGAACCCUACUGAGGGCAGGCGCAAGGCUUUUGCGACUUGUGGAUCACAUCUGACAGUGGUCAUUGUCUUCUAUGGGACCUUGAUAUCUGUGUAUUUGCAGCCUAACUAUAGCCACUUCUUUGACACUGACAAGUUGGCAUCCAUCUUUUAUACCCUGAUUCUUCCCAUGUUGAAUCCCUUGAUCUACAGCUUGAGGAACAAAGAUGUAAAAGAUGCUGGACAGAGGCUGUGGAAGAAGAUGCACAAGCGUUGA